AGUAGCUGUAGCGGUCUGCCACUGUUAUUGGUGUUUUUUUCCUCGACAUUUCCAUGGUAACUGUCCUGUCUAACGUCUGAACAGCAGUGAGCAACCGAGCAGUGAGUGAGAAUGGAGCUGGAGGAAAAAAACCCGGACCCUAAAUACGGGGAGUCCAGGAAGUUUGAUCCAAACUUCAAAGGGCCGAUUCACAACAGGGGCUGCACAGACAUCCUCUGCUGUAUUCUCUUCAUCUUGGCCUUGUUGGGUUACUUUGCCGUUGGUAUUGUCGCCUGGUCUCAGGGCGACCCCAGGAAGGUGAUCUACCCCACCGACAGCAGGGGGCAGUUCUGUGGACAAGCUGGAACACGUCUGGAGAAGAAGCCUCUUCUGUUCUACUUCAACAUCCUGAAGUGUGCCAGCCCUCUGGUGCUGCUGGAGUUCCAGUGUCCCACCACGCAGUUAUGUGUGGAAACCUGCCCGGACAGACAUAUGACGUUGGUGAAGGCCAAGCUGGGCAGCGCAGAAGACCGCGAAUACUACCAGAAAUACUGCAAGGAUGGAGUGGAUUUCGCCAAAACGAGCCCUCCUGAGCUGCUGAGGGACGGCUUGUGUCCUGCCAUGCUGAUGCCCAGUAAAGCCUUCACACGCCGCUGCCUUCCCGCCUUGGGAACGCUGAAAGGAGGCGUGGUGGUGGUGGGCAAUGACACCUCUUUCGAUGCUGGAAUGGGCGUCACUAUCAACGCCUCGGAUGUGCUGGAGGCAUCAAAGAAAUCAAAUGUGGUUGUUGAAGCCCGCCAGGUGGCCAUGAGGAUCUUUGAGGACUACACUCAGUCUUGGCACUGGAUUUUGCUAGGUCUGGUGAUCGCCAUGCUCGUCAGCUUGAUUUUCAUCGUCCUGCUGAGAUUCCUGGCCGGCAUCAUGGUCUGGGUCAUGAUUGUUUUGGUUAUUCUAGUCAUCGGAUACGGGAUUUUCCACUGUUACAUGGAGUUUGCGAGUCUGAAGGGAGAGCCCGGCUCUGACGUCACCAUCCGGGACCUCGGCCUGCAGACCGACUUCUCUGUCUACCUGCAGAUCAGACAGACCUGGCUGGCUUUCAUGAUCAUCCUGGCUAUUGUGGAGGUCAUCAUCAUCCUGCUCCUCAUCUUCCUCAGGAAGAGAAUCAUGAUCGCCAUCGCUCUCAUCAAAGAGGCCAGCAGAGCUGUUGGGCACGUGAUGUCAUCUCUGUUCUACCCCCUGCUGACCUUUGCCCUCCUGGCCUUGGUGAUCGCUUACUGGGCCAUCACGGCUGUUUUCUUGUCCACCUCCAACGAGCAGGUGUACAAAGUGUUCAACAACUCUGACUGUGAAUACUCACGAGAGACCUGCGACCCCAAGACGUUUAACACCUCCAACGCUUCGGCUCAGUGUCCCGAUGCAGAAUGCCUGUUUGCCUUCUACGGUGGGGAGACCCUCUACCACAAAUACCUCAUCCUGUUCCAGUUCUACAACGUCUUCCUCUUCUUCUGGUGCGCCAACUUUGUGACGGCCCUGGGCCAGGUCACCCUGUCGGGGGCCUUCGCCUCCUAUUACUGGGCCUUCAAGAAGCCUGAUGAUAUUCCCGCCUUCCCCAUCUUCUCCUCACUGGGACGAGCCCUCCGGUACCACACAGGCUCCCUGGCUUUUGGCUCUCUGAUCCUGUCUAUCGUCCAGGUCAUCAGGGUCAUUCUGGAGUACCUGGAUCACAAGCUGAAAGGUGCUCAGAACAAGGUUGCUAAAUUCUUUCUGAGCUGCAUGAAGUGUUGCUUCUGGUGCCUGGAGAAAUGUAUCAAGUUCCUCAACAGGAAUGCCUACAUCAUGAUUGCCAUCUACGGAAAAAGUUUCUGUCCCUCAGCUCGAGAUGCCUUUUUCCUUCUCAUGAGGAACAUUGUCAGGGUGGCUGUUUUAGACAAAGUGACUGACUUCCUGCUGUUUCUUGGGAAGCUCCUCAUUGUUGGAAUCGUCGGCAUCUUCUCUUUCUUCUUCUUCUCCGGAAGAAUCAAAGCGGUGGAGGAGGCAGCUCCGUCUCUGAACUACUACUGGGUGCCGAUACUGACGGUGGUGGUGGGAUCCUACCUCAUCGCCCAUGGCUUCUUCAGUGUGUACGCCAUGUGUGUGGACACACUCUUCCUCUGCUUCUGCGAGGACCUGGAGAGGAACGAUGGCUCGUCUGAACGGCCUUACUUCAUGUCCCCGGAGCUGCACGAGAUCCUCUCCAAAACCCAGCGGCUGGAGGAAGACCGCAACGGCGUGGAGCAGGGGGACGGCUCCGCCAAGCAGUUGGACGGGGUGACCGUGGAGGAGGAGACCCCUCUGCAGCAGGAGCAGGAUGGAGAGAUCCAGCUGAAACAGCAGACGGUGGUCAAACAGGAAAAGGAGGAGGAGGAGGAGGAGGAGCCUCUGAAGGCCGCCACGGACGCGGAGGAGCCCAAAGAGGAGAAAAAAGAAGAAGAAGAGAAAGUCGGUCAGGAUGAGGAGGCUGAAAAGAAAGAAGAGGUGAAAGAAGAGGCGGAAAAGCAGGAGGUGAAGAGCGAGGAAGUGACACCUCCUGAAAAAGAGGAGACUGAUGAAAAGAAAGAAGAAUCUUUGGAGGAAACCGCUCCUUCUGCACCGAAGGAGUAGAUGUUAACAGUAAUGUCAGGGCAAAAACUGAGGCUUGGUAAACCUCAUAAAGAAAGAACUAUAUCUCCGACUUUGUGAUGUGGGCCUGUUAAAUGUGCGACUUUCAACAAGCUAAUGUUUCAGACGGCCUUGCUGUGUGAGUGGCGCGACGUCCUGCUGGAGACGGUCCACAUUAGAAAGUCAACGCAGGUCAAAAAGCCCAGUGCGUCUCUGUAGCUUGAAAAAAAAAUAGCUCUGUUGUGUUGGUUUUUAGAACAGUGUUGGUUUUUAUAUUGUGAAGAUCUGUAGACCAUUGUGAGUGCUGAACCUGUGCCUGAUUACUGUCACUAAUAUUUGUUGUCUUAAUCUCGUUAACGAAUGCACUACAGAACCACUAAAGUACCGUGUUUACAGUCAGAACACACACAUCUCUCAAUCUCUCACUGUUUACAAUAAUACCAGCUGACGCCAAAAUGUUACAGACAUAUUUGAUAUACUGUAUGGAUAUUGGAUCUUUUUCUUUCCUAUGGAACUUGUAUAUAUACAGUAGUGUGCGUCUAUAUUAGGUAUUUUUUGGCUUCAGUCUUGUAAAGAUCCAACAUUGGGAUCCCAUGUAUUGUAUUGCCACCUACUUGCCUUGGUAUUUCCGACUGGCGUAAGUGCUGUGAUUGUGUCGCCAUGACGCAGCCAUCAUGACCUCUCUCCAGACCCCCGUUGCCGUGCUCUGUCCCUAACCUCUCUGUCUCUUUCUGUCCAAGUGCUGCAUGGUGUUGACAUGGCCUUUGAAUGCUCGCAACUAACAUCUUUAUUCUCUGGAUGCUUUUGUACACUUUAUUCUUGUUUGUCACCUUGUAAAAAAAAACUGUAUAAGUUGAUUCCCAAUGAAAGUACUGAUGACAUUCCAUAUUUAUUGGAUGUAAAUCUUGAUUAAAGGUGAUUAAAGGUAUUUAAUCAUGGUA